GGCGUCAUUAAGGGUGCGCGCGCUCUCAUAGUGGUUUAGGGACAGCAACAUCCACAGAUGCUCCAUGAAGCAGUCACUGGGAUUUUAUUAGGUUAACUCUGCAGUUCUCUAAUGCAAAACUAAUAUGGACAAAGGGUUGCGAUUGUACAGGUAGUGCGCAUAGAAGGAACUUUAUCGCGGAUGCGCCAGGAGCGCGCAGACUCUCCAAACCUCUCCAAACCUUUAAUCGCCUCGCGUCCUUUCUUGCGGAGUUUAACAGACUUAAACACACGGAAAUAAGUUUAAUCUUAAUAAAAAUGACCACAUGUAUAACCUUGGCGCCUCCACCGAUACGCGCAACAUUCAGUGGUUUGUAAGUAAACGCUGAUGUUUGGCGUAGGCUAAACGUGCGCAAUUUCGCAGCUGAAGCGAAGUGUGGGAUCCUGUGAGUCGUUUGGAUUUUGGCUGUGUUGGAAAUGCUCAUCAUGGUGUUUUUAAAUCCCUUAAAGAAGGUGUGUGUCGACUGUGCGGUUAUUUUAGUCUGCCUGACCGUCAUGUGUGAACUCGUUUGGGCUCAGAAUGACACGGAACCCAUCGUCCUGGAGGGAAAAUGUCUGGUGGUGUGUGACUCGAACCCCGCCGACUGGAAGAGCUCGUCCUCACCGCUCGGCAUCUCCGUGCGCGCUGCCAACUCCAAAGUGGCUUUCUCCGCUGUCCGCAGCAACAACCAUGAGCCGUCAGAGAUGAGCAACAAAACACGAAUCUUAUAUUUCGAUCAGGUUCUUGUCAACAUAGGAGACUAUUUCACCUUCCAAUCGGUGUUUCUGUGUCCACGGAAAGGAAUCUACAGCUUUAACUUCCACGUUAUUAAAGUAUACCAGAGCCAGACAAUCCAAGUGAAUUUAAUGUUAAAUGGAAAACCGGUCAUCUCUGCUUUCGCCGGGGAUAAAGACGUCACACGUGAAGCAGCCACCAAUGGGGUUCUCCUGCAUCUCAAUAAAGAAGACAAGGUUUACCUGAAGCUAGAGAAAGGGAAUCUGGUAGGUGGAUGGCAAUACUCCACCUUCUCUGGUUUUUUGGUUUUUCCACUGUAAAGCACAUAAAAAAAAACUGCCGCCAUUAUUGUCCGACAAAUCUACUACGUCAUCGCGUAAGCAGACCUUCAGUGUUAUCUGGAGGUGGCCGAAUGGAUUCAUAACUCCAGCUCAUUCAACUGUCGUCUAAAGACUACUGGAAAAAGCUUUUGUGACAAUGAAUCUGAAGACUGCUGUGCAAUAUCUCACAUCAAUAUCUUCAUAGACCAGCAGGUCCAUCGUAACUCUGUUGGUUUAGUAAGUGAUGUCAAAGUUUUUGUGUCAGAUGUCUGGGAGCAUCCGUUUUUGUGAUUAAAAAUGCCAGCGCCAAACCCCACUGAAAAAAGGUGAUUAUUGAUCUUAACGCAGGCACGAGAGAAAACAUUGACUCAUUUUCGUAGCUGAGAGGUGUUAAAGGGAUUUUUUGUGUGAUCGCUCACUCAUUGACUUCACGCAGAGUUUGUUUUAACAGAAUCUUUGACGGCAUAUGACAAAUCAUAAUGGGUGUAAAGGUGCCAAUUAGUUCAUGUUUCUGAAACACCACCAGAUUAACUCAUUAACAUGAAGACGUUAUGCGUAGCAAUUUAGCCGUGAUGAAUUUGUGUUUGCUGUUACGAUCAUAACUUGACCUUAGGGUUUUGAUCUUCACCUCGCAUUACCACGUAAAUGUGCUUUUUUGGGGGGCGGGGGUGAACUGUUCCUUUAAAUUCUUUGGUUUGGAUCUGAGCAUGCAGGUUGUGACCCUGGACCACAAAACUAGUCAUAAGUUGCACGGGUAUAUUUAAAGAGUUUAAUUCCAAACACAAUAAACGGCAUUAAAAAAAUGUUACCGCCAAAAUCAAUAUGGUGUCAGAUGAGUAUUAAAAAGUAAAUUCUUCAUUUUACGCAAAAUCUGAUACCACUGUGUUAUUCUGUUAUCUUUCCAAACCACGACAAACGCCAGUCCUCGAAUGCAAUAAAUGAGCCUUAACCAAUCACAGCGCACCAUUCCACGCAUUGUAAACAAUUACAGCUGCGCUUUGAAUAAGCACAGAAUUCCUCAUCUACUUUGUAAUUCGUGAUCAACAAACAAACAAAAACAAAAUAGUAAUUUUGAUGGCAUUGAUAAACCUGUGGUGGUUUUCUGUGGUGGGGAAAAAACGUAAACCAUCAAAAUCAAAUAAUUUACAUGAGAGUCACUCAAGGAAUUUUGCUGGAAAAAAUCAGUUUUUAUAAUAAAUCUUUGAAAAUCAAACUAUGGAUUUUAAUGUUAUUAUAACCUAAAGAUGCUAUGUGAAAGUUUGUAACAGAAAAUAGUGGUUUUCAUCUUGUCACUUUCUUGGUAUAGAAAACACAUUUUUACCAAAAUUAGUCAAAAUGGAUUUAUUGUGUUUUGGAACCAAACUCUUAAUUUGUAGCAGUAGCCAACAAUGCAUUGAAUUUUGUUGAUCAAAAUGAUAGAUUUUUCUUUUAUGCCAAAAAUCAUUAGGAUAUUAAGUAAAAAUCAUGCUCCAGGAAAAUAUUUAUUGUAAAUUUCCUACCAUAAAUAUAUAAAAGAUAUUUUUCAUUAGUAAUAUAUGUGUUGCUAGGAACUUUAUUUGGACAAGUGAUUAUUUUGAUACCGGCGAUUUUCUUUAUAUAUAGAUUUUUUUGCAACCUUGGAUUCCAGAUUUUCAAAUCUUAAUAAAGUCAUAUCCUAAUAAACCAUGCAUCAUGCUUUCAGAUUAUGUAUAAAUCUCAUAAAAAAUUUUUACCUUUAAGGUUUUGUGGUCCAGGGUCACAUAUCAUUAUUUCAGAGAGUUUGCAAGACUUGAUUGACACUAAAUAUUUGGCUAAAGUGGCUUAAAAGCUUCUUCACAUCGAUGCCACUAAAGAACUAUUUUUGGUUUCUCAAGAACCAUUCGGUCAAAGGUUCUUUAAAGAAGCAUUUCUUUCAUACCUUUUUGCACUACAAGGAAACAGAAAAAGAACAGAAAAGUCCUCAGACGUUAAAGGUUCAGCCAAAAAUGGUUCUUUUAUGGCAUUGUGAAGUACCUUUAUUUUUUAAGGAAAUUCUGUAAUAAAAUUUGGCACUUUAUUAUGUUUUAGUUUAUGGACAUCUUGGAUGUUGGACUGUGGAUUUAAGUCUUUGGGUGUAGAUUUGUAUCUUUGUAUGGGUUUGGUAAUAGACUGCACCUUUAGGGUUUGAUCUUGACUUCAGUACAGGGUGAGAUGGUUACAUGUUUAAUGUUGUUCAUUUCCUUAAACCUCACCAGUACGUUUGAUUAUUUUCUCCGAAGCCUUCACAAAUUAACAUGGGUCAGUCAUUUGUGACCCUGGACCACAACCCCAAUCAUAAGUUGCACGGGUAUAUUUGUAGCAAUAGCCAACAAUACAUCAUAUGGGUCAAAAUUAUACAUUUUUAUUUUAUGCCAGUAAAAAUCAUGUUCCAUUAAGAUAUUUUGUGAAUUUCCUAUUGUAAAUAUAUAUAUAUAUAUAAAAUUUCAUUUAUUUUAAACUUUAAAGGCGAUUUUCUCAAUAAUUUUAUUUUUUUGCAUCCUCAGAUUCCAGAUUUUCAAAUAGUUGUAUCUCAGCUAAAUAAAGUCCUACACUGAAAAAAAACCGAUUAAUUCAAUUUACUCAAUUGUGUAAGUGGUUGCAAUCAAUUUAUUUAAGCUACAUUUAAACAAAAAACAUUAGUAAUGUAAAAUACAAUAAAAACAUUUGUUUGAAUGUAGCUAAAAUAAAUUGAUUGCAACCACUUACCUUAAAAAAAUUGAGUACAUUUAAUGAUUUUUUUAAGUGUAUCCUAACAAAUCAUACUGUACAUCAAUGGAAAGCUUGUUUGUUCAACUUUCAGUUAAUCUUUAAAAAAAUUGACCAUCGUGAUUGGAUUUGUCUGGAUUUGUGCUCCAGGGUCACAUUGUUUUAUUAAUAUUUAAUAUAUAAUAAAGUCCAGCUUCUUUCUGUAUUUAAACCCUCCAAUUACAAUAAAGAUGUAGCUUUUCAUGGCUCAUACGACAGAUGAAAACAGUGAGUUAAAUGUCAAAGAGACAGGGAUAUAUGUAAAAUAUAUCACCGUUUUCAGUCUGCAUUUUUCUGUAAAUAUUUUAUUUUCAUUCUUCUAUAAGAUCAAAUAAUUUAACUAUUUUUACAAUAGAUUUUAGGAAGGUCAGGUGAUGGAUGAAGUGUUGAUAGGUGUGUUCGACUUCACACAGCGCAGCAAGAAACGUCAGGUGAAAAACAUCGAAUUAUCACGAGAGCGAUUCGAGAAUUCAUACAGAAUCGUUUGCUUUUGAAUCGCUACCGCAGUACUUUCUUGUGGUGCUACUUGAAUUCGAACACACCUUAUAAUUUCUCUGCUCUCGGUCACAUGACUUAUUGAUGUUAUGGGGCAAUUGUUAUAUUACAGUGAAGUUGUAUGCAUUUCAGAAACUUCAAUUUCUGAAUCAUUUAAAUCAACACCAAAGAGUUUUUUUUUUUACCUUAAAAUAACGUUUCCAAAAAAGUUUCACACUCGAAACAGGGUGAACGGCACUUUCACAUUCGCUUUGCAGCCCUCUAUCGGCCAAAACCACACUAAAGAAGUUUCCAAUCGUUGGGUCGCGGACUUGUAGUUCAAGUGAAAACUACAAAAACUUGCUUUACGGCAGACCUACAAUCCAAUCAGAGCCAGCUAUGCUGCAGUAGGCUAAAUUAUUUACGACAGUGGUAAUGGACAAUUCCGCUUCUAACCUGUAGGGGGAACAAAGAGCAAAAACUCUUUAGUGUUGCUUUAAAUUGGCUCCAUUUAGUCCUAAUCUCUAUUCAGACAGUAGUGGUUUUAUAUGGCGUCGUGAUGCUUUUUUUCAUUUAAAGAAUUUAAAUUAUUGCCAACUAAACUGAAAAUGUUCGUAUCUCUCAGCACCCUGAGAAAAUUCCUGCCAUGAUUAUAUUUCAUUAUGUUUUGUGGUUAUUUGAAACAAAUUAUCAUCUGACUUAAAAAAAGAGCCUUUUUAGCCAAUGUGAUGAUAAAUGAUAAAUAAUUAUUACCUUUACACGUUUAUGAAUGCCAUUAACAUCAGUAUGUUCAAAUAUUUUCAAGUGACCCCAUGCAAUUCACACUUCUGAAUGCAAACAUUUGCAGGCAGAAAACAUUUACAAUAGUGUAGCAGAUGAAAGCAGCGGUGUGAAUUUUCAGUAGGCUGAUGGGUCUCAGAAUUAGACGAAUUAUCUGAUAUUAAAGUGAAAAUGCUCGUCAGACAGUUUCCAUGGCAAACAUGAAUCCCUUUCAACAAAUGAGGGUUUUAUGUGAUAUGCAUCUGUGUCGAAAGCUUUAUUUUUAUAUUUUCUAUCUGUCAAUAUUCAUGUUGUAUUCUGCUUCAUAAAUGUUUUUCCAUGCACAUCUAAAACAUCUCUGAUGUGCUCCUAUGAUGUUUGGAUGAUAUAAUUGACUUAAAGUUACAAAAAGUGCAUAAUGGAAUCAGAUUGCAUCGACUUGAUGUUUCAAACACAAAAUGGACAGAUAAAAGGUGAAACAUUUACUUAAUUUUAAAUGUCCACUUGCUAAUAACCAGUCGAAUCAUGAUCUUCUCUGGUGCUAUGAGACUGAAAUGAUGAUAUGACUGUAGAUGGAUAGUUACAAUCAUUGUUAUAAUCACAAAAAUCUAUUUGACCACAUGAUUGGAUUGUUGCUGAUUUGAACAAAAGCCUUUAAAACCAUUAUGUGUUUUUGUCCUAUUAAAUUGAAGCAUCUAUGAAAAUGUGUCUUUGUUCAUUUCGUACUAAUACUCUAAAAACCACUUAGAUGUUGAGUCAGUUACAUCCAGCAUUAUUAACUUUUGAUGAAAUGCCGAGUAUC